UGAAUAUCAAUAAAAUUGAGAACUUUCUCUCAACUAGCUCUAUCAACUCGGCCAUUCCGUAGGAAUCAACAAGGUAUAGGCACUCUAAAUCCUUGGCUAUUCUCACCUUGAGAAUCAACAAGGUUUAGAUUUUAUCUCGUUUUCUUUAUUCAUCAUAUUGGUUUUGUUCUGGUGACAUAAUUAGAAGUUGGGGUUUGAGGUUGUGAGUUGAUUCCCAUCACGGGCUGCAUCAGUUGGUACCAGAGCUUCAGUCGAUCCAUUCCAACAAUCAUGCCUGCUAGGAGAGGUGCUAAGGUUGGCGGAAGGAGCAGAGGAAACAAGUUGGAUGAUCUCUCUAAUGUUUACACUAGAAAGGACAUGGCAAAGUGGCAGCAUCAAUUUGAGCAACAGGCCAAACAUCAGAUUGAUCAAUUGUCCGAGCAGAUAGCUGCCCUGUCUAUGUCAAAAGGAAAGAAAAGAACAAAGAAAUCUGAAGAUGAGGUAGGAGAAGAUGAGGAGGUUAGCAUGGGUGAUGACUCGUCUGAUUCUUCUAGUGAUAGUGCAAAGGAAGAGAAGCAUGAUUCUGGACGUUGGGAAGCCAGAAUGAGGACUGAAAUUCCUGAGUUCUAUGGAGGUAUUCAACCAGAAGAGUUCUUAGAUUGGUUAGGCGUUGUAGAAGAAAUCUUUGAACUCAAAGAAGUGCCUGAGAAGAAGAGAGUUUCCUUGAUUGCUACAAGGCUUAGGGGACAUGCAUCUGCAUGGUGGCUACAGUUGAAGAAGCAGCGUGUGCGACAGGGAAAGAAGAAGAUUACUUCUUGGGACAAGAUGAAGAAGCACAUGCGAGCUGUUUUCCUACCUCCCAAUCUUACCCGAUUAAUCUAUCAACAACUUCAAAACAUUCGGCAGGGUUUACGUAAUGUUACUGAUUACUCAACUGAGUUUUAUCAAUUGGUGGCCCGUAAUGACUUGUCUGAGACUGAUGAGCAGUUAGUUGCUAGGUAUAUUGGGGGUUUGCAGUGUCAGUUUCAAGAUGUCGUCAACAUGUUUGAUCUUUGUACUAUUGCAGAGGCUCAUGCUAGGGCCAUUCAGUUAGAGAAGCAGAUGGGUAGGAGGACAACUGGAGGCAAUAUGGGGUUUGCAAAUGGAACUAAUGCUUGGAACGGGGCCAGCUCAAGUGCUCCACCAAAAGUGGUAGCGUCUCAUGUUCCACCUAGACCUGGUAAUGGUGGACAACCUGCUAAGGCCAUGUCUUCAAAAGGGAGAAGGCCUGGGAUGAAGUGCUUUAAUUGUGGGGAGCCAGGGCACAAAAUGAGUGACUGUAAGAAGGAUGGUAGGGUGAAUAAAGAGUUGUUCAUAGAGAAUGAUAAUUCUCAGUAUGAGUUCACUCCAAUUGAGGGAGAUGCGGGUUAUGAUGAAUCAUAUGAAGAUCUUGUGGGUGAGGAAGUUGUGUAUGGGGAUGAUGGUCAAUUAUUAGUAGUGCGCAGAGCUUGCCUAACACCUUGCAAUGUGGAGGGAGAUGGUUGGCUUCGUACCAAUAUUUUUCAGUCUACCUGUACUGUUGGGGGAAAGGUGUGCAAGAUGAUUAUUGACUCUGGCAGUUGUGAGAAUGUGAUAUCAGAGGAGGCUGUAGCUAAAUUGGGUUUGGAGACUCAAACUCAUCCUCAACCAUACAAGCUGUCUUGGCUUCAAAAGGGCAAUGAGGUAACAGUUUCUAAACGUGUUUAUGUUUCUUUCUCUAUUGGCACUAACUACAAGGAUAGAUUGUGGUGCGUUGUUGUGGCUAUGGAUGCUUGCCAUAUGUUGUUGGGGAGGCCUUGGCAAUUUGAGAGGGGUGUCAUGCAUGAUGGUAGGAAGAAUACUUAUAGCUUCAUGUUUAAUAACAUUUAG